AUGUCCGACCCUAAAUCCAACCGCGCAUCGAUUCCCGACUGGCAAAAACCCAACGCCACCGCUCCCAACGACCCCGACUCCAACUCCGCCUCCACACCGUCGCAUGCUUCCGAGGAGAACGAGACCGACGCUCGAUCAACGCUUCUAGAGCAGGCAAACAAUUUCCUGCAGGAUGAUGCCAUUCGCGACGCUCCCAUUGAUCGCAAGAUCACUUUUCUAGAGUCGAAGGGUCUCCGCAACGAUGAGAUCGACAGUCUGCUAGGCGUAUCGCGAAACCCCGAAGCCACCAACACCAAUACCUCCACAGAAGCCACUUCCCCGGAUUCCGUCAAUGCACCAUCAAAGAGCGAGAACGAGUCUGAGGCUCAGGCCUCCAGCACCAGCUCGACCCCCUCAUCGUCGAAUUCUCCCGCUACCACAUCUACCGGCACCGCCAGCACCAACAUUGCCAGAAGCCCGGCACCAUCGUCCUCGCCCCGCGACGUUCCCCCGAUCAUCACAUACCCGGAGUUCCUCGUCCAUCAAUCCAAGCCCCCACCGCUCGUCUCCUUCCAAAGCAUCCUCUACACGCUCUACGGCGCCGCUGGAAUCGGAGCCAGCAUCUACGGCGCAAGCGAAUACCUCGUGAAGCCUAUGCUCGCGAACCUGACCAGCGCACGACACGAACUGGCGCAAACGGCGUCGGAAAACCUCCAGAAGCUGAACGAGAAGCUAGAGCAGAACGUCUCCGUCAUCCCGCCACAGCUCGCCGCCCGGAAACCAACCGACGAAUCCUCCGAGGACUCCGACUCCAUCACCUCGGACCCAACGGAGCUGUUCCAUCGGGACGUGGCCACGCAGACAUCGCAGGACCUCGAGGCGACGCAGUCAAAGGCUAAAGAAGACGACGAGAAAGUCCCGGACCCUACGGCGACCGUGAACACACACGUCAAGCGAGUCGAGGUCCUCACGUCCCAUCUGCGGGAGUUCGCAGACAUCGAGAAGCAGUCGUCUGCUGUUGAUGAUACCGCGCGUACGGGUUUAAAUGAACUGCAUCAUUACCUAGACGGCCUGAUCUACAGUAAACCGGGUUACAGUGCCGUAUCUGGCUACGGGGUGUAUGGCUCCCAGGGUAUGGAUAGUAAUGGCACAUCGACUGGCAUGGGCAAGGGCGAAGAGGAUGCGAUUUCCAGUUUCAGGUCGGAGAUUCGAGGCGUCAAGGGAGCUUUGUUGAGCGCGAGAAACUUCCCCGCAAGUCGGGGAUGUGUGGGUACGGGUCUUUCUCUGGGACGGUGA